AUGUGCAGUCGGGCACGACGCCUCGUCCUUGCUGUCAUCACGCUCGGGGCAUGGCGAAUCACAGUGUUUUGUGGCGCACCCGUGCGCGCUCGCCGCGGCUUUUCUGCCCGGUCUUUGGCGAAGGAGGAACAAGUAGUGGUACUUAUUGAUGGCGACCACAUUGGGCCUUCCUGGUUUCAGGCUGUGCUGGAGGCAGCCAAGCGCCUGGGCCGCGUGCAAGAUGCCGCCUGCUUCGCUGCGCCCCACCUGCGCGACCGAUGGCGCUCGGACCUGCAGCGAUGCCAACUGGCCUUUUGGCCCGUGCCCAGGCAGAAUACCGAGCAGUCCGCCGAUCCGAACGAUGUGGCCAUUGUCCAAGCUGCGGAGAGGAUUGCCACAACAUCGCCCACCAGCUGUAUUGCCAUUGCCUCUACAGACACGGACUUUCUGGACUUCCAUCUCCAGCUGAAGCGGCGGGGUGUGCGGUCCGCGGCACUGGUGCCCUAUGCCAGUGAUGAGAAGAGAUGCCGGGCCCUGGAUGUGCCAGUGCUUCGUUUCAAGAUCCAGCAAGAGCCGCCGGACUUUGUGGAGGCUUUUGAAGAGCACUUCGGGCGUCCAUACGACGAGGAGGAGGCCAAGGCCGUGUUUUCUGAAGUGGGCCAAGGACUCAAGCGCUUGGGGUACCAGGCCGAGCCUUCCUUCCCGACCACCAGGGCGUUGGCAUUGUUCUUCCAUGUGAACGACGUCAAGGAGUUUCGCAUCUAUCCCUGGUGCGUGGGGGCGUUCCAGGCUCUGCCGCUGCUGAGCGCUGCUCAACCCUUCCCCGGGCAGCUGGGCUUUUUCGAGGCCGUGCAGGGCCGCAAGCGCGCGGCCGACUGGCGAGUAGAGGAGCUGACUCCAGGUCUGGCACAGCGGGUCUUGAUAUGGCUCGGCUACGAGGCUGACCUGGACCUCUCCGAGGCUUUGCAGGCCUUCUGGCACCGCAACGGCAAGGCUCUCAGGACGAAUUUGAAGCGGUCCGCUUUGAGACCGCCGACGGAGGGACCAGUGCCAGAGAAGUUGGCCUUUCUUGAUGCGAUCUUCUCUUCAUCCAUCCGCCAGCAAUGGCGGGCGGCGCUUGUAGACACCGAUCUGCGACCCUGGCUGGUCCGGAAGAAGUACCUGGCCGCAGAGGCUUCAAAGGCCGAGGCCAUGGCGGCUAUGCAGCGCCUUCUGCUGGAUCGGGGCCUUCAAGUACCAAGGCAGGACUGCCUCAGCGGUGCGAAGGCCUGGCUCUUGGCCAAGCUGCGGCUGCGGGACCCCUUCCUUUGGCACGAGGUCCGUCUCCGUGCACGGAGCUGCGCGCGGCAGCUCACUUUGCACCAGCUCACAGCAAUUCUAGCUAGCAGCGUGCGCGCUGGCUUGCUCGACCAAGCCUUCCUCUCGGCAAUGGCCUUUCGCUUGGAUACGCUCCUUUGCUGGGGCCCAAGAGCGACGUCUCGUAGCACCACGGACUUGAUCCUCUGUUGCAACGCUCUUCUCCGCGCGGGCUUGGAUGUGAAGUCGCCCCUGUACCAGGAGAGCUGCUACGCGGGAUUGCGCGAGGCUUUGCAAAGCCGGAUGCUUUCCAGGCCGCGUUGCUGGCAUCAUGUCUCUCUCGGCUGA